UUCAAACUCUUCAUUUGACGGUUGCCUCUCGACGUAGCUCGUCUUUCUUUAACCGUGACAGCAACUUUAAUGUAAUCUGUCACAGCGUUGCUUGUGGGUGUUAAAGAGGCACUUCUGAACUAUAACUUUACGUAGCCUGGUAAAGAAGAUGGCUUUACUGUUCUGCAAUGCCUUUUGGGGUACUGACUUUUCUGACCAAUCGGGUUAUGAAGCAAUAUUGCAGAGGUUACAGGAUGGCAGACACAUGUGCAAGGAUGUAGAAGAACUGUUGAAAAUGAGAGCACUAGCAGAGGAGAAGUACGGCCGAGAUCUGGUGGCAAUUGCUCGGAAGGCAGAAGGUCAAACCGAGAUUGGAACAUUAAAGGCCUCGUUUGACAAAUUAAAAGCAGAAAUUGAGAAGACAGGAAACCUGCACAUCCAACUAUCUGAAAGGAUAAAGGAGGAAGUUCAGAAAAUAGAGGCAUUUCGAGAGCGCCAGAGGGAACAGAGAAAAAAGCUUGAAGAGAUCAUUGAAAAACUUCAGAAGCCUAAAGUUCUGUUGCACAAGAAGACCAUGGAGUCAAAAAGGUUAUAUGAGCAGAGGUGUAAAGAGGCGGAAGAGGCUGAGCAAGCAGUGGGGAAGAAGACAAAUGUGACCACCUCCACCCACCGGCAAUCAGAAAAGGUGAUGAGCAGGGCGCGGUUAUGCAGGCAGGCAGCCAACCUUUCAGAAAAGCAAUACAAAUGGAAUGUUGAUCAACUAGAAAAAAUGUGCCAGGAGUGGGAGAGCACAUACAGGAGUGUGUGUGAGGUGUUCCAGCAGCAGGAGUCUGAGCGCAUUAAUAUCUUGCGUUGUGUGUUAUGGGAUCAUUGCAAUCUGCUGUCCAUGCAGUGUGUCCAUGAUGAUGACUGCUAUGAGGAAGUGAGAAAGGUUUUAGAGCAGUGUGACAUCAUCACUGACAACAACUGCUUCAUUAAAAUGAAAAAGACAGCCUGUCGUCCUCCAGCUCUCAUUGAGUUUCAGAGUUACUCUGAAUUGGACGCUAAUGGAGUAGUCAGGAGAGUUGAAACAAAGAGAUUAUCUGUCAUGCUUCCAGGGAUGUCUUUCAGUGGGUUAUCUGAAGCAGGCAGUAAUUCAGCUGGAUCAUACACAUCUGCUCAACAAACAGGAGGAGGACCUGAGAAGUAUAUGGUGUUAUAUGAUUUUAAAGCUCAGGAAGAUGAUGAGCUGUCUAUCAGUAAAGGACAGGUUGUUACCAUCACUGAGAAAGGCAAGGAUGGGUGGUGGACAGCAUCGAGGGAUGGAAUAUCCGGACUAGUCCCUGGAACGUACCUGACCAAAAUCUCAGCGAGUCACAGUACACGUCUUGCUGCAGCUCAUCCUGAUCAUAAUCCAGUCAAAUAGAGUUUAGUGAAAGUGACGUGACAUACAGCUAAGUAUGGUGACCCAUACUCAGAAUUCGUGCUCUGCAUUUAACCAAUUCAAAGUGCACACACACAGCAGUGAACACACACACACCGUGAACACACACUCGGAACAGUAGUAAUCAUUACACUAAGUCUGAGGAUUAGUUGAGCAAGCAUAAUGAUGUAGAAUGAUUACCUCAGUGUAGCAGUACAUCAUACUAUUAAGACAGUAGCUUUCUUGACAGACAUCUUUAGGAUUUUCUUUUAUCUUUAAGUGAAUAUAAGUUAUUCAAAAGUUGUUUGUAUAGUGGUACUGAUCUUGAUACAGUUUAGUCCAGUUUUUCCAUGGUGUAUAGUUAAAAAUGAUACAACAAAAAGUUAUAUGAUUUGCAUUAGAAUUAUGAAUUCUAAAGUUUUAUUUUUUACAUCUUUUAAUGUCUGUACUGUAAUAUAUAAAAAUAUAACACUGUAAUGUAUACAUUUGUUAUUAUCAAUUUUGUAAUAUAUUGCUAUAUUUUAUCAUAGCUUAUUUGUCUGCUAAAUAUUGUAAUCUGCAUGUUCACUCAGUAAUACAUAUACUCAUAAUAUAUAUAAACACAAGUGGAUGCAAUUAAUACUAAAAUGAAACAAUUAAAUUAGUCAACAAAUAAUAAUAAACAAUUCUGAGAGUGAACUGGGUAUCCAAAGUGAUUCUCUGCCUGCAGGCUAUUUCAAACACACACCAAAUAAAGGCACAGAAAUAUGCAAACAUCUGUUCUCCUUCAGACAAAAAAGGUAAAAAGCUGGGAGCGGUGCCUAAAGGUAGAACACCUAUAAUGGAAGUUACUUUGAGAGUAAAAUUAAACCCUGCAGCUCCUGAUGAUACACUGAUUUGUAAAGACAAAACGAUCGGUCUGUGCAAAAAACAGAAGUAUUUAUAUCGCAAUGUCUGAACUGUCCUGAACGCGUUUCUUAUUCUUCAGCCUUCGUGUGAUGCAUCUUCUUCUUGCUUUACAGCGGAUCACAGACUUAUAAAUGCAUAACCACCACCUAUCUCUCAAGCACUGACACACUGACACUCUUGGUGUGUUCCAAACAGGAUAUAUCGCCUUUCGAAGGGCACUUCAGAAAGGGUCAUUCAAAAUGGAAGUGAUCAAAACUGGCCACUUCAAAGGGUACAACUGAUGGACACUUUGGGCUCCCAUGAUCUUUUGUGCCAAUUCUUUACAUAAUGACAGCACCUCCAUGUGGGCACCAGAUGAUGACGCAGAGGGACACUUCAAGAAACAGUUAUUUGGUCCCCUACACCCUUCGACCCUUAAUAGCUCUCACUCCAGAGGGUAAACCCUUUGAAGGGAUUAGGGCAUAGGGAUGAGUCCUUCCGAACUGAACGUAGGUUCCAUUUACAAAGUCUGCCGUAAAGAAAAAGAAGAAGAUGCCUCACAUGCAGGCUGAAAAAGAAGAGUGAACACAUUCAGGACAUUGCAGUGAAAAUAAGGAUAUAUUUUAGAGAUAAAAACGAUAUAAAUACUGUUCACUUUCUUGCACAGACUGAUCGUUUUGUGUCUAUACACAUCAGUGUAUCAUCACGAGCCGCAGGGUUUAAAUUGAUUUUGUAUGUGUAUGUUUUUUUUUACUCUCAAAGCCGUGAUUCCUACCCACUUCCAUUAUAAAACUGACAGACUGUAAUAGUUUCAUUUAAAAAUCUCCAUUUGUGUUCUACUGAAGAAAUAAAGUCAUCUACAUCUUCUGUGCCCUUGGGGUAAGCAGAUAAACAUAACAUUUUCAUUUUUGGGUGAACUAUCCUUUUAAGGCAGAAAAUUUUGAUUAAAUAAACAAAAGAUGCUAAUCCAGCCUUGAGCAACCACUGAAGCAAACAUAACAGCUUUGAAUACAAGGUCAAGACAGUACAAGGAAAGGAAACUGAGGACUUAAACACAGAGAGCAAAGAAAACUAGAUGGUACACAGGUCAAAAGAAUCCAUAACAAGGGAAACAAGUACAAUUAACAAAAAAAAGUCUGACACGUCAUUAUCCCAAAAGUUUAACUCUUCAAAUUUGAUGCUUUCCAUCUGACUUAAGCUAUGAAUGUGGCAUUGUCCUAAUAUUGAGUGCUAUAACACAAAAGAUACAAACUUCUUUAUAUAUUUUGUUAUUUAAACUUUACAUAUAUAUAAAAAUACAGGGCAUGCAAAACAAAUUCGUUUCUUUGCAGAUUGCCUUUCACUAUCUAUAUAUAUAAGAUAUUUAUAUUCUAGUUGUCUAUAAAUAAAUUUAUUCAGUCACGAUUUAAU